AUGUUUUCUAAACUGUUUGAUCAAUAUACUUCGUCCAAUUAUUCCAAUGUAUACUUGUUCACUUACAAGUUCAAUUCUUCGUCAUCGUUGUAUCAACAUUUAACGCUUGAUUCCAAUACCACUGAGACAUCAAUCAAUACUACUACAACAACAACAACUAACUCCCCGUUGGAUUCCGAAUUGUCUAAUAUCUCAGUCAAAGUGGGCUACUUAGCUUUGUGUCUCUCAGCCAAGGAUAUUCAACAAUGUACAUCGUAUGUCAAUUUAAACACAAUACCCCAACUCACCAUCACGUUCCUUGAAACAGAUUUCAACUUACUCAAUAUAGCACAAACCUUCCAUGAAUCGAUUGUUCAUUCUCGUUUACUAAUGGCAUCAAUUUUACUUACUCUUGCUUUACUUCUCAUCUUGUGUUAUUUGGUCCUUCCUAUAAGUUUAGGAGCUUUAGGUGUAAAGAGAGUGGGGUUAGUUUUAAGCUUUGCUAAUAUGAUGCUUUGGGGUUUGGGAAGCAUGUUGCAGCAUCAACUGGUCAAUGCAACGACGAAGGUUUUGAGUGAAGCUAGUUUUCAAGUAGUGCAAGUUGAACGAGGACAAAGAGCGGAAACCAUAACGUGGGUGGCUUUUAGUUUUUUGAUUGUGGUGUUUUUGAGUUUUGUCAUGACGAAUUAUGCGGCAAAGAAGAAUUUGAGAGGAGCUAAUACGUUUGGGAAGAAGGGUGCUGUAAUGGAGAAGGUUUGA